AGCUGGAGCCACUGCAGCAGCAUCAGUCUGGGUUCUUCAGCUGAGCCCUACAGACACAUUCACACAGAGCCAGACAGAGCAGCCUGUCCUCACAGCACAGCACAGCCAUGAGUACCCUCGGCUUUGACCCUUACUACUCAUCCUCCUCCUAUCGGCGCUGGUAUGUGGAGGGAGCCCCCCGCGGAGUGGUGACCAGGGGGAGGUCACGAUCGGCCUACUCCUCCCACGCCUCCCCCCUCUCCUCCUCCAUGAGCUCCCGUCUGCAGUACUCCUCUCCUGGCCGGUCUCUGCAUUCAUCCAUGGCCUCUUCCGUGGAGCUGGAGCUGAGCCAGGCGGCCCAGGUGAGCUCUGAGUUCCGCACGGUGAGGACCCAGGAGAGGGCCCAGCUGCAGAACCUCAAUGACCGCUUCGCCGGUUUCAUCGAGCGAGUACGGGAGCUGGAGCAGCAGAACCGUGCGCUGGAGGCUGAUUUGGUGAUGCUGAGGCAAAGGCACAGUGAACCAUCCCGCCUGGCGGCCCUGUAUGAGCAGGAGGUGCGGGCCCUGAGGGCCGCCGUGGAGGAGGCACGUGGGGAGCAGCAGGCCGCCCUGGGCCAGAGGGAGCAUCUGGAGCAGACCCUGAGCGCCCUGCAGGCCCGCUACGAGGAGGAGGUGAUGGCCCGUGAGGACGCAGAGGGCAGGCUGCUGGAUGCACGGCGUGGGGCCGACCAGGCCGCCCUCGCCAGGGCUGAGCUGGAGAAGAGGGUGGAGACCCUGCUGGACGAGGUGGCCUUCCUCCAGAGGCUCCACGAGGGGGAGGUGGUGGAGCUCCAGGCCCAGGCCCAGCUGGGGGCCCAGGUAGCUGUGGAGAUGGAGGCAGCCACGCCGGACCUGUCCGGUGCUCUGAGGGACAUCCGGGCCCAGUACGAGAGGCUGGCGGCCAAGAACAUGCAGUCUGCUGAGGAGUGGUUCCAUGGGAAGGUGGGCUCCCUGACGGAGAGCGUGGCCCAGCACAGCGACGCAGUGAGGAGCUCCAGGGAUGAGGCAGGGGAGUACCGCCGGCAGCUCAAGGCCCACCUGCUGGAGAUCGAUGCCUGCAGGGGCCUCAACAAGUCUCUGGAAAAACAGCUACACGACAUGGAGGACAAGCAGAGCGCUGAGAUCAGCAGCAUGCAGGUCAGUGGUGGUACUGCAGACGAAUUUCAACAGCAAAUCUGGAUUGAUGCAAAUACCUCAGAAUGAAUGCAAUCUGAAUGUGAAUUUAUUUCAUAAUUGCAUGUUUAGAAACUGUUUACCAAUAGGUAAAUUACUAUGUCAGAAUACAAGACACCAAUAAUGUUUUAUAUUUUGUGCCAAGUGGAACUGAUUUAGUAACGCACAAUGGGAACAAAUAAGAUUCUAUUGAAUACAUGUUUUAUUUUUAUGGCCACAUUCAACCGUUUUAGGCAUAUUACCUGAACCUGUGUAGCCCACUGUAAAAAAAAAAAAAACUAACUUUAUCCACUACAUAACCUUUAAAUGUCUCCCGUAGGACACUAUUGGCCAGCUGGAGAAUGAGCUGAGAGCCACCAAGCAGGAGAUGGCUCGCUACCUGAAGGACUACCAGGACCUGCUGAAUGUUAAGAUGGCCUUGGACAUUGAGAUCGCUGCCUACAGGUAGGAUGCUAUGAUGAGCACUAGCCAGAGCUUCAGCUUAAACAAAUGUAAUGUAAUAAUACCAAUGACAGUCCAGGUCAAGGAAAGCCUUUUGUGCUUUUAUUCUAAAACGUUAUCUUUCCCAUGAUCCUUUACUUCUCCAGGAAGCUGCUGGAGGGGGAGGAGUCUCACUUCAGUGUGGGCGUGUUAGGGGGUAUGUCCAGUGUCUAUGGCCACACCUUGUCAGUCACACCCUCCUUCGGCCGCUCCAUGUUCUCAAUGCAGUCUAGCCUGAGCUCUGGCGCCCCCUACCUGAUGACCUCGCGCUUACUCAGCUCCUCAUUUGCCUCUGGAGAUGACAUAAUCUCUGCCAGCCUGGCCCAGCGGGACUCUGCCAGCCCACCACAGGAGGAGGAAGAGGAAGCGGAAGAGAAGGAAGAGGAGGGACAGGAGGAGGAAGAAGAGGGUGGAGAAGAGAACGAGGAAGGUGGGGAUGAGGGAGGCGAGGAGGAGAAGGAAGAUGGAGAACAAGGUUAGCAUUGGGAUUUUCCCUCAAAAAAUACUCUCUAUUGUUGUUGUGUAUUGCUUAGAUGUUGACAUUUUUACAAACCUGAAUACUAACUAAAUUAUUCCCCUAUUCACAAUUAUUUCUGUUUUUUGGUAUAGGUGGUGAUGAGGAAGAAGAGAAGGAAGAAACUGCAAAGGAGGAUGGAGAGAAAGCGGAAGAUAAGGACGAGGGUGGGGAGCAGGAUGGAAAGGAAGGCAAGGAAGAGGAGGGGGGAGAGAAAGAGGGAGGAGAUGAUAAAGAAGGGUGUGAUAAAGAUGAAGAGGUGAAAGAUGAGGAUAAAAAAGAUGCCGAAGCAGAUACCAAAGAAGAGAAGGGUGAACCAGAGAUAUCCAAGAGUGAGGAGAAGAGAGAAACACCUGCCAAAGAGAAGAAAGACGAAUCUGAAAAACCAAAGGCUAAA